AUGGACUUGAUUGGCUACAAAUCCGAGUAUGAAGACAAUGAUACACAUGCAACUCCACGCAAAAGGCGUCACAAGAAACGCAAGAGGGAAAAAUCGACAUGCGACCCGAUCGACCCUAUCGUUGAGUCUUCGGUCAGCACAACUCCAGUGGUCCAACGUUCCAAUAUCAACAGCGACCUGCUUGCCACACCUGCUCUUACUCCGACGGCCCCCUCGUCCGAUCCAACAUCUCUGACUCAAAAUAAUCAAAGCUUAAUAAACACGGCCCCGCUGGUUUUUACUCCGAUUAGUACCCUGUCUUGUGGUCAAAAUUCGACCGAAGAUGUUUCACCACCUGUGGGAGUCCGACCGCAUCCAAACACACCAAUGGUUGCACUGCCUGCACAUCUCCUGGAUCACCAAACAGUCGAAGGCGCAAAGACCAGCGAGCAACGACUGCCUAGUGAAACCGACGAUGGCCUUGCAAUGAUUCAUCCGGCAUUACAUAACGGGGGCGAGCUCCCUAGUGAUUUGCUUGCCAGCAUAAAUGACAGCAUGCAGGAGGCCCCCAUCCAACCGUCUCUUAUACCUCCCACUCGGCCGAAGCCCUUAUGUUCAUUUUGUGAUCAGGUAUUCCCAGAAAACCCAUCGGCAAAGUUGAUCGAGUUAGGUAAAUAUCUCAAGCGCCGCGGCGACGUUUCCCGGAGGUAUCAUCCCAAGAACCCUGCCGCUUUGCACCUGCCGCAGACUAUUGUCGACGGCAUCACGAAGAGAUUGAAGUUAUCCCAAUGGGCCGCCAGCGCGGAUGGCCCGAUCAAAUCGAUUUUGACCACCUUCAUAUCCGGGUCCAUGCCCAAGGCAGGCACCUUUGGGCGGUGUUGCGAGGCGAGGUUGAUUCACAUUUCUUAG